AUGGCGGACGACGGCAUGUCCAUUGUGCCCUACGGAUCUUCUAACCUUGAUGUCGUACUACGCCAUAAUGACUCAGUCGUGGUUUUUGAUCGUGACUCUCAGCAGCUCGUUCUCCGAAAUGCUACCGAGAGCAAUGCCGACAUUGACUUAACUGACUGUCCCUAUUGCCAUCGUCCGCUACAUGACAGCGGCGGGGGACAAGAAGGUCGCCAUACAAGUCCAGGAGGGCAGCCCGAGUUUAUCAACCCCAAUUAUUUCCGCAUGCUUCAUAGAAGUUUACCUAGCUCUGCAACUUCGUCAACUUCAUCGUCCCCCAACCGACGCCUCGUCCAGCCAGCUCUUCCAGACGGCCCCACCAGUGAACCAAGUGGCGGAACCUCUGGAUCCCAGGGUAUAUCAUCCGGGGCAUUCACACCCAAUUACUUUAAGAAGUUCUUUGUUGAGGAGGGUAUACUAGGCAAAGGUGGAAAAGGCGUUGUCUUGCUCGUGAAACAUGUAUUAGACGGCGUGUCGCUGGGGCACUACGCUUGCAAGCGUGUGCCCGUCGGGGAUGACCACGAGUGGCUUGAGAAAGUCUUGGGAGAAGUUCAAUUGCUGCAACAUCUCACACAUCAAAACCUCGUCUCCUACCGUCAUGUAUGGCUUGAAGAUGCGAAGAUCAGCACUUUUGGGCCAAGCGUACCCUGCGCCUUCAUCCUGCAGCAAUAUUGCAAUGCAGGCGACCUGCACAACUACAUCUGUGGAUCGGUACAAACAUCUACAACCGCUCAGCAAUUGAAAGAGCGCCUUAGGAGGAGGUCCAGAGGUGAGCCAGAUCCUCAUACCGAUGCCAACGAACCUCGCAAACUCCACUUCGAAGAAAUAUAUUCUUUUUUCAAAGAUAUCACAUCCGGUCUACGUUAUCUCCAUGCCAACGGCUACAUUCACCGUGAUCUCAAACCUAACAACUGCUUACUGCACAAAACCAGUGAUGGUAUACGCGUAUUGGUCAGCGACUUCGGUGAAGUUCAGGCUCAGAAUUCGAUCCGGCUGUCUACCGGGGCGACCGGGACUGUGUCGUACUGCGCACCUGAAGUAUUGCGUCGUGAAUCCCCCGGAGGACCGUUUGGCAACUUCACGUUCAAAUCGGACAUCUUCUCUUUGGGAAUGAUUCUCUACUUUCUAUGUUUCGCACAGCUUCCUUACAGUAAUGCCGACCUUAUCCAUGAAGAGAGGGAAGAUCUUGAUCGACUUCGGGAAGAGAUCAGCCAGUGGGCGGGUUUUGAUGAUGCUCGGAGGAUGAGACCUGAAUUGCCUGAGCAACUGUAUACCUUUCUGGAACGGCUAUUAUCUGUGAACCCUGAUCGUCGACCAUCUGCAGAUGAUGUUCUGAAUGGUCUUCAGGCUGGGGCCAGUGUGAAUGAUAACAUACGAUCCAGAAGGACUGGCUCUUCUAGUUCUGACGGAAAUCCCGGCUCUAGGAUGCAAUUUGCUGAAAACUCAACAACUGCUUCUUUCUCCCGACCACCUACAUCUCCAAGAAAACCAUUUUCACGAAGUCCGGUGGCUCUCCGACGCAACCCCCCCUACGAGUCCAGUGGGGGUGGACCGAUGGCCUUUGUCGACGAUCUGGGCCCUCAUGAUGAAAGGAGAAUGUCGCUAGGCCCCGAAAGAGAUAUGAUCGUUCGAGGGAGGUACUCAAACACCCCGUCUCUUCCACCGGUCCGGAAUGAGCCCUCUGAUGUUCGUGAAAAUCGUGAACCUCUUCAACAUUUACUCCCUCCACCAUCGAGCGGCUCGUCCCUGGCCAGGUUUCUUCCAUUAUCAUCAAGCACACUUCGUGACUUGCAGAUUCCGCUACCUACAGUUCAACUGAGCUUUUUUCUUCUCAAGGUUGUUUCAGCGUUCCAGCCCUGCAGUCCUCUCGCGGUAAAUCCUUGGAUGUUUUACCCUUUGCUACUGCUAGCAGCAUUAAACCUACGGACUCAAAGCACCGGCAUGCAAACAAUGUUUCUGAUAAUACACCUUGUUGCCGUUAGCCUUAGCAUGCAGUUUGGCGUUAUGUGCCUUUGGCAGACUCCACGAUUGAUGAUGUUCUCAAAAUAA